GGAGGCAUAAGAGAACUUCAUCUUGAUUUAAGAGAGAGAUAACACCCUUGAUAGACCUGUGACAAAGGCUAGAUAGGCAGUGUGAGAGGUAAAAGUGAGGGAGUGUGGACGCCAGCAGAGAGGAGAAGACAGGAUAGCAGCGAGGCAGAGGAGGAUACACUGUGCCUUUAAAGCACCAAACCCCUCCUUCACAUAGCCGAGCAGAACAGCCGAGUGGUCCUGGCAGGAGCCUGAGCCCCACGAUAAACUCUGGCAUCAGCUUCCCUUCAUCCGGCAGUCAGCGAGGACACAGUGAGGGCGCAGGGGCAGAGAGAGACGGGGACGGAGAAAGAGAAAGAGCAAGAGCAAGAGUGACAGAAAGGGGGGGGGGGAGAGAGAGAGACGAAAACAGGCGGAUAGGCAGCGAGGGAGAGGCUGUCAUAGGAAUCACACAGCUCCUUUUUUUACAGCAGCAGCUCAGCCGUUGUGUCUGCUCCCUCCCGGUGCAGGCAAACGCUGACUGGUGACGGUUUUCGGCAGCACAGUUAUCUGAGUAAUGGUAGUGGCCGCGGCAGCAUCACAAUCCGAAACAGUAGCUCUCCUCACGGCUCAGGCUCUUAGUCAUCUUCAGCCUCCUCUCUCCCUUCUCAGAGUGCUAUCAGGACCAUUCAUCGUUCCCAUCUCAUGCCUCCUGCCUCCUCCUCCUCCACAGCUUCAUCCUCCACUUCUACUCCUCUGAUGAGCCACAGCCUCAGAGUGAAAUAACCCUGCUGACAGAAGCUUCUCUCUCUGUCAAGACAGUGCCAUGUGUGAUUGGCCAGCGCACCCCGUGGCAGUGGCAUCGCCCUGGAUUUGGCGAGAAGCUCUCCCCCCUGGUUGUUCUCUGGGUCCCCUCUGGGAAGCUUUCAUGGGAUUUAUCUCUUCCUGCUGGAUGGCACUGAGUUCUCUGCCUCUCUGAAAAGAGUCCACAGAGAAAACAUACACUACACGGAUAAGAAGUAAAAUAAUUAUCCAAUCACAGCACAAGGAGGCAGACCGGGUUCCCUUAGCAACAACUGAAGAAGAGAAGAGAAUCCUUUUUCUGUUUCUGCUCCCUUGGUUUUUGGGCACACCCCUGUGGACUGCUGUGGGUCAGUGUUUUUUGAGAGGACUUGGAGAGCGCUGUUGCAUAAGACAAGCUGCCACCCAAAUUCCAGGAGAAGGUGUUCAUUCGCCUUUCAGCCCCCUUGUAUCUGUGUCUCACCGACACCAUGAUUUUUUUGUUAUCCCUCUACAAAUUCUCAUCACAGGUCACGUUCCGCUGGCUUGGAAAUCAAUUCAUUCUGAUCCCACGCCACCUGGAAUAAGCCCUGCUUUGGGGGGAGAUUGGACGCUCUGUAAAAAAGACACACACCUACCUUCCUCCCUUUCAUGGACGAGAAAUGAAGGACAACAUGAUUAAGUCAUCAUCUGCAAAGAAAAUGGAUGUGGAGCAAAGUUUAUUUUGACGUGAGUUUCUAUGAGAAUCUUUUUAUUUUUCCUGGAGGGGGAAACACCACACAGCACAGAGGAAUAUCCCCUUUCUCCAAACAGGAUCUGUGCUUUCCCUCUUAAAAGACAGUAGCCCUUACUGAAAGACUAUAUUUAGAAAGAAAGCCUUGUCCCUGCUGGCCACCAAUAAUGUAGAACACGAUCAUUUCGAAAAUUGAGCCACUGCUGGGAGUUCUAUUUUUUUUUUUUUAAAUCUAUGUUGGAUAGCUUUCUCUAUAAAAGGGUUCAUAUGAACUCCUUUUCUGCUUUCACUUUUUGUAUGUUAGCCUGCUAUUAUGUCACUGUGUUUCACAAGUUAAAAAGGUUGUAGAGGACAAGUGGAAAAGGGAACAAGUCUCUUCACUGUAUAGACAGGUUUUUUAAAUAGCACCUCCUCGGGAACAAUUUCAAACGUACACACUGACACAUUAGUUGGCCCAACACGAUUAUGUAAGAGUUUCAUACCAGCUUUAGCCCAUGUGUUUUUUCCUCUUCCUUUUCCAUGGAUUUACAGCAUUUGACUUUUCCCAUGCUUAUUUUCUCUUCAUUGGAAGCAUCUACCAGAGGGCAUGGAUGUCAGAGUGUGACCCUGUGCCGAGUGUGCGGGCGAGGCAAGGUGUUUUGGCUGCCCAGGUGCUUUUAAGAUGUUGAGGUCUCCCUGCGUGGCCGGGGCCCCUGUUCGGAUCAGUAGCACUGCGGCUCCUUGUAGCCAAAGACAUGGACCCCGACUCGGCUCCCCCACGCCCUCAGCCUGUUGGCCACUGGCCCCACGUCGCCCUGUAAAGGAUGUCCCUCAGCAGUGCUCCGGCCCGGGACACCUCUGAGACCCCCAGCCCGAGAGAACGCAUCCGCAGCCACAUGAAGAUGGUGAUUGACCAGCUGGACGGAAUUCUGAAAGAGCUCAAGGAUGUGGCCAAGGAACUCCGGGAGGUGGUGGGUCAGAUCGAUAAACUAACGUCCGACUUUGACUUUGACCUGGAGCCAGAUGACUGGACGGUGGCCACAGCCAGCAGCACGUCCAGCAGUGAGCGAGGUUUGGGAGAGGCCUUCAGGCUAGACUUCCUCAAUGCAGAUGUGCUUUCUGAUAGCUGGGAGUUCUGCAGCUACCUGGAGGCUGCUGGCGCCGCUGCCCGAAUACCUGGUGAGCAACCAGGAGAUCUGCGACCGGAGAUGGGCUGCGGGACCAUCCCCACUCAGACGCAGACCCCCACCCCGCCCCCCUCCACUGCCUCCGUCUACUCCCAGAUGAACGGCGGGCUGCCCAUCCCCAAUGGGCCUCGCAUUAUUACUCCAGAUUCAUCCAGCGAGGAGGCCAGCAGCUCCACGCACAGCCACAAGACUUCUCGUACCUCCGGCACAAGAGAAAGAGUCCGCUUCAGUGACAAAAUUCUGUACCACGCAUUGUGCUGUGAUGACGACGAGGAGGAUGAAGAGCAAGAGGAAUUACAGGAGGACAAGAGUGGCUGUGCUACACCAGAUAGCGAUAGUGAACCCAGUCUCCUGUCAAGCUCAGUCACCCCCAAACGUUCUUCCUCUGAGCACUCACUCCUCCAUAACUGUCUGGACCCUUCUUAUGUCUCCUCGCCAAUGAAGGGGACGACAGGAGCUCACACACUACCCAGGAAAGGUCUCUUGAACCCCGGCUGCCGCAAAAAACUGUUACGAAAUAGCAGCACACAAACUGUCUCUGACAAGAGCACCCAAACUGUACUGCCCUAUAUUCCAACCAAACAGAAAACAAAGGACCACUGAGAAAGCCCUAACUUUAUCAUAAAUCUCAUGAAGAGGACUGUGCAUUAUUUAAUAUUAAAUACAUAGCUCAUAGAUUAAUACACAAAUUAAUUACUAAAUAAAUAAAUGAUAUAUGGGAAAUCACUCGACUACCUAAAGUUAUUCUGAGGCUCAGGGAAAAUACGAUGAAAUGAAGCAAAGCAGAUCAUUAAGAUGAAAGUUACUGGUGGACCAAAAGGUUAGUGCCUGUUCUGAUGUUGAAAGAUACACUGAACGGAUUCCCUAUGUGUAAUAAUUUGAAACAAUGACAGAGGUUAUAAAAGCAAUCAUUUUUACUAGAAAAUGUUAAGUGUUCAAAAUUGGAAGGGAAGUAUGAAGAGGUUCUUUCCCCUCCUCAUACUAUAGUUGAAGUCACAAAAAAGAAAAUGCUUGUUCCUAUAAUGUGGAUACAAAACACUGCACAUUCUGUACUCUGAAUCUGUAUAAACAUUGUCUUUUUU